AUGCCUCUCACCGGCCACUGUCUCUGCAAUGCCGUCACCUACUCCAUCGACGUCGACAAGCCCGCGCUUGUCGGCUACGACCACUGCGAUGACUGCCAGCGCCAGAGCGGCUCCACUUAUUCCCUCGUCGCCGUCGUGCCCAAGGACAAGCUCACGCUGAACGGGCCGACCAAGAGCUGGGCCGGCGUGGGCAGCUCUGGCAAGGCUGUCCACCGCAUCUUCUGCUCCGAGUGCGGCUCGCCCAUUGCCCACGACCCUGAUGCGGCGCCGGAGAUCAUCGCCAUCAAGGCGGGGACCUUGGGCAUGGAGAUCAAGAAGACCCUGAAGCCGGUUCGACACCGAGAUCUGGACCGUCAGCAAGCUGCCUUUCUGCCAGGAGCAUCUGGCCCAUCCGUUUGA